GAGAAGUUUGUCCUCGAGGACACCCGUAUCAUCCUUCUUGCCAAGAGUUUGCAUUUUUGUUUUAAUGUUGUUGGUGGCAGCAGCCGCUUUUGAUACCGCCGCCUUGGCUUUCAUUCGGAUGUUUUUAUUAACUUUUCCCAUGUUUAUUAAUUUGUGGUUCACCUUUCAACACCAAUUAAAUUUUUUCAUAUAUAAUAGUUUGUUUAUGAUUCUUCUUUUGAAUUGAUUCAUUUAUUUGACAACCAUGCGCUUUUGGCAGGAGUCGGGUUGUAAUCGAUUAAUCUUGAAGCAACGCCAACUAUUCUUAGGAACAGUUUAUUAACUGCCAUACAUUUGACAGGCGGUGAAACAGCUGAUAGACGCCACUAUAGCAAAAAUAUUAGUAUAUUAAUUUAGUUUAACGCGUCUAAUACUUUUCAUAAGGCUCAUAAAUAAUAUUUUGCAAUGGAUUACGAUUUUAAGAUGAAGACACAAAUGGAACGAACCAAAGUAGAAGAUCUCUUCAACUACGAAGGCUGUAAGGUUGGACGCGGUACAUAUGGUCAUGUCUACAAAGCGAAAUGGAAAGAGCGUACUGACGGAAAAGAAUACGCACUGAAGCAGAUAGACGGUACUGGUUUAUCUAUGUCUGCUUGUCGAGAAAUAGCACUUCUUCGCGAACUCAAACAUCAAAAUGUAAUCACAUUGAUUCGGGUGUUCCUUUCUCACAACGACCGUAAAGUAUUUCUUUUAAUUGAUUAUGCCGAACAUGAUUUAUGGCACAUUAUAAAGUUUCAUCGCGCUGCUAAAGCUGCCAAGAAGCAAGUAAUUGUACCGAGAGGAAUGGUGAAAAGUUUAUUGUAUCAAAUUUUGGAUGGAAUACACUAUUUGCACAGUAACUGGGUUUUACAUCGAGAUCUAAAACCGGCAAAUAUUUUAGUAAUGGGUGAUGGCAAUGAGAGGGGACGCGUAAAAAUUGCUGAUAUGGGAUUCGCCCGUCUGUUCAACGCCCCACUUAAGCCGUUAGCAGAUUUAGAUCCAGUAGUUGUAACAUUUUGGUAUAGGGCACCAGAAUUGCUAUUAGGUGCGCGUCAUUACACAAAAGCAAUUGAUAUUUGGGCAAUUGGUUGCAUUUUCGCCGAAUUGCUUACGUCCGAGCCAAUUUUCCACUGUAGGCAAGAAGACAUCAAAACUAGUAAUCCAUAUCACCAUGAUCAAUUGGAUCGUAUUUUUAAUGUAAUGGGAUUUCCUCAAGACAAAGAUUGGGAGGACAUCAAAAAAAUGCCUGAACAUCAUACUCUAAUAAAAGAUUUCAAACGUUCCACUUAUUCGACAUGCUCUUUAGCUAAAUAUAUGGAACGCCACAAAAUUAAGCCAGAUAGCAAAGCAUUCCAUCUUUUACAAAAACUUCUACUUAUGGAUCCUAAUAAGCGAAUCACUUCAGAACAAGCUAUGCAAGAUCCAUUUUUCCAAGAAGAUCCACUGCCUACGCAAGACGUAUUUGCGGGUACUCCUAUUCCUUAUCCGAAGAGAGAAUUUUUAACAGAUGAUGAUCAAGAAGAUAAAGCCGACAACAAAAGGCAACAGCAACAACAAGAACCAAAUGCUAAAAGAGUUCGUUUAUCAGGGCCUCCUGGCCCUGGUCAACAACCACAGCAAGUACAACAAACUCAAGAUUUUCUCCAUCAACAACAGCAGCAACAACAAAUGAUGUUCAAUCAACAACAAAAUUUUCAGCAACGUUUUUAAUUAUUACAUGCAACGCGGAGAUUCGAAAUUUUUUUAAUAUAAUUUAUUUAAAUAUGUAAUCUACUAUAGAUCUCUAAUAUCUCGAUGACAAGUACAAAGUUGAUAAUUUGGAGCUAAAGAAAUUAAAACCCUUUCAAAAGUUUUUAGUAUAUAAUUCUGUUUCCAAAAACAAAAAAAAAGACAAAAUGUGGCGGAUAAUAUGGUAGAGUGCAUUCUUUAUUGUAAUAGCUUUGUCGGAAGAAACAUAAAGGUUAUAUUUCUCAAACAGUAUAUUCUUGAAAUUUUGAAUAUUGUAAAAAAAUGGUAUAAUAGAAUAUGUUAGAACAUAAAUUAUUAUACAUCAAAUAUAAAUAAUAUUAUACUGAAGAAAAUUAAAAA